AGAAUGGAGGUCACAUUGGUCUCCCGGCCUUUGUUUCCAUCGUUCUGUUGUGCUCUCGCUGUUGUUUUUCUUCCGAGUGAGUGUGGUUCAGCGAGAGGCCUUGUGGACGGUCAUGGUGCGCUCUCCCAGCAGAGCGAACUGCAAGGCACUAAUGCUUUCUGCGCUAUUGUUGGAGAUGUACCCGCGGCCAGCGUAGCGCUGUAACCCGGGGUGCUUGCUCCGUUGCACAUGUACCGGGGUAACAUGUCUUUGAAUUAUAUUAAGAACUUCUAUGAAGGAUGUCUCAGGCCUCCGACCGUCAUUGGGCAGUUCCACGUCCUCUUCUUCGGUUCGGUGCGAAUGUUCUUCCUGGGAGUGCUGGGCUUCGCUGUCUACGGGAAUGAGGCCCUGCACUUCAGCUGCGACCCCGACAGGAGGGAGCUCAACCUAUUUUGCUACAACCAGUUCCGGCCCAUCACGCCCCAGGUAUUUUGGGCUUUGCAGUUGGUCUCCGUUUUGGUUCCUGGAGCAGUAUUCCAUCUACAUGCCGCUUGUCGCAACAUUGAUCAAGAGUUGAUCCUUCAGAGAUCAUCAUUCACUGUCUUCUACAUCAUUUCUGUCCUGUCCAGGAUCAUCCUGGAGACUGUGGCUUUCUGGCUGCAGAGUCACCUGUUUGGAUUCCAGGUCCAUCCGAUCUUCAAGUGCAAUGCCACGUCCCUUAACAAGCGUUUCAACAUCACCAAGUGCAUGGUCCCUGAGCACUUUGAGAAGACAAUUUUCCUGAGUGCCAUGUACAUCUUCACUGCCAUCACACUGCUCCUGUGCAUUGCUGAAAUAUUUGAGAUACUUUGCAGAAAGUUUGGCUAUUUGUCUACGCAAUAACCAACCUGCCACUGAUCUACGCAAUAGCCGACCUGUCACUGAUCUGUCUGAAGAAGGGUUUCGACCCGAAACGUUGCCUAUUUCCUUCGCUCCAUAGAUGCUGCUGCACCCGCUGAGUUUCUCCAGCAUUUUUGUGUACCACUGAUCUGACAGAUUCUGCUUAUUUAUCAGUCAAUCUCAGCAGACACAAACGAAUCACAGUUGAAAGUAGCUUUCAAACUUUGCUGAGAUACUGUGGGAAACAGUAUCUGUCAAAAUUAAUGAUCUAUUUCUAUCAUUCUAAGAUUUAAUUUUGGGAAUUAGCUAAGUAGACAGAUUUGCUCCUCAAAACACAUGAAUUCUAUUACUAGCAGAACAGAAUUUAUUUUAAACCCUUGAAGUGGAUAAACUGAAUUACACAAUAAUUACACAAUAACUCUUCAAUAAACAUGAUUACAAUUCAGUUAGGAUACAAUUUCUACAUCUUGAUAAAAUGUUUAUAACAAAAUGCGCACCAUGGUAAUGUAUGACGAGUUUGCAUUAGCAACUUGUCCUUUAUCUCUGAUGCAAAAGAUCGGUCAGCAGAAUUUAUGCACUUUCUGGGGGAAUCUAUAUAAACUGACAUUUCUGUUAAUAGAGAACUUGGAACAGUACUGCACAGGAACAGUACAGCACAGGAACAGGCUCCUCAGCCCACAAUAUCAGUGUCGAAAAUAAUGCCUCCUUAAACCAAUGUCCUCUGCCUGUAU